GCCUCGCAGGAGGGGUAAAUGGGGGAAUUUGACCGGUUGGAGGAGGAGAAUGCGGGGAUCAUAACGAAAACGCCCUCUCCCUUGGGGAUUUUGGAAAUUCCAAAAUUGUCCUCCUCUUGGGAGUGUCUAAUUUCAUGACGAUGCAGACAGGCGGGGGAAUGAUUUGUAGUGCGUUGUUGCAGACGUCCUGGGAUAGGGCCUCCACCACUCACGACAUGCACAAAAGACACAAAAUAUGCCCGUGCAUCUUUCAAUGUCCUAGCGGAAGACUCGUUCUCAUUUUGCACAUUUGGUGAGUCGUGGAGUGUGGACCAUAAUCUACUACCGCUUGCAAUCCCGACUCCUUUUUCCCCCGUCGGAUUGGAACUUUGGAAUGUUGACCGACCUCUUCUGCUGGUCGGAUUUGAACUUUGGAUCUGUGUUUAUGAGGAGCAGUGGUAAUAUGUGCGCAGCGCAUUCAUUCAUCGUCCACCUGUUAUGGUUGAUGUCUAGGCCGGCAGACUUUUUGAAAGUUGGUCAUGAGAAGCUUUGCGAUGCCACAUGAUUGUCAAGACCUUAUGUUGGCCGGGGUGUAUUUUGAAAAUUUGACCCUGAGAGGAUCGCCUGCCCAGUAAUGCAGUGCGAGCUGGCUGGCGUUUACAGACUCGACGAUAUGCUGAGGAAUCACAGUCGUUUCUGGCAAAAUCACAGCAAUCUACAGUCAACCGAGCAAGAAGAUUGACUUAUGUCAAACAAUGGUGACAGGACUCAUGUUGGCCGGGGUUUAUUUUGAAAAUUUGCCCCUUAGAGGAUCGCCUGCCCAGGAAUGCAGUGCGAGCUGGCUGGCGUUUACAAACUCGGCGAUAUGCUGAGGAAUCGCAGUCGUUUUUGGCAAAAUCACAGCAAUCUACAGUCAACCGAGCAAGAAGAUUGACUUAUGUCAAACAAUGGUGACAGGACUCACCGCAACAGACCACGCACGUGUGUGCGGGAGAGUCUGUCAUUCUCUUUACUGGCAAUGUACUGCGGGGCGGGUGGGUGUGGGUCUUGGAAUUGUAUCCAAUUUUAGACCACCAGUACCUUUGCCUGCUACUUCUUUUCCAAUUGUGGCCGUGCGGGGGUCGUGGGCGGAUCAGCAGGGUGUCUUUCGGGGGUUGGAGGCUCGGCAGGGCUUGGCGUGCAGGGCAGUAAAGAAGGUGGUGGCCAAAGGUACUGGUGGUUUAACCCAUCUGGGUAAUUGUGGGGGUCAAAAGGUCGUACACCCCUCUAUGCCUCCCCUCUCCCGGGCCUGUUUUCACUGUGGGGCAGUGGAGGGGUUUUAGGGGUUUUAGUAGAGCACGAUGCUGAUCCAGCCCAUGAGUUGGGCAGACUGGUUCACGAGUCAGGCGUCAUGAACGUUGCCACGUGGAAAUGAUGCCUGCACGCAUCCUUGCAUAUACGCUCUGCAUGACGGAUUGCUUUCUUGCAGGGGGAAUCGUUAGCUCUCUGUGUUGUUUGGGCAGAGAGGUGAUUUAUGGGUCCGUAGUGAUGAGCAUUCAUAUGGAAAUCCUCUGCCACGUGGCAAUGUUGCGCCCAUGCUUGCCAGCAUGGGUCCUGCGUGAUUGCUUUGCUUCCUUGCUCUGCCAUCGGGCAAUGUGGCCUGCGUCCUUGCAAGCAUGGGUCCUCCAUGGUGGCCUGCUUUCUUGUUGGGGAUUAGCUCGGACGGACGGAUUGUGUGGCUGAAGCAGCCGGCCUUGCUUCCUUGCGCUGCCAUCGGGCAAUGCUGCCUGCGUCCUUGCAAGCAUGGGUCCUCUGUGAUGGCCUGCUUUCUUGUUGUGAAUUAUCUCGGACAGACCGAUCAUGCAGCAGCAGCAGCAGCAGCAGCAAACAAACUCGCGAUCAAAAGCCACGAGUUCUUUGUUACAGCAGCAGGUGUCAGUGGUUAUGAUGGCUGGAUGUUGACGUGUUUUCCAUCACGGCAGAUGGCCUUUGCGAAUGUCAUGGCUGCUUUUGUUUGUAUAUGCCACUUAGAAUCAGGAGAUUCAUGUUUACUAGCGUGUUUGCUAGCCUAGCCUAGAGGGAAUUGCUCCUGUGUUUAUUGCUUUCUGCAAGGUAGUAAAAGGUAAGAGGAGGAGGACUUAGGGACAGGCUGGUGUCAAGAAGGAACUGCCAGUGGACGAGCCGAAUGAUGCUAGGAGAAGCAGGCGGGAGUGGUGUGGUCCCGUCGUUAACUGGUGCUGCUACACACUGGGUGCUUAGUCCGUUGAAUGGGACAACUGCUUGCACGGCGGAGGAGAAGCAGGAGGGAGUGGUGUGUUUUUUGUACUGAACUGGUGCUGCUACAUGCUGGGUGCACGGCCUUGUGAAUCGGACUGCUUGCAUGGCUCAGCAACUUAUUUGCGCUACGGAUAGUAAUGAUAAGGUUGCCAUGAGACUUGUGCAUACUCUGCUCCGAGGAGGGGACCAGGAGGCGCUCUCGUUUGGUCUGUUAUGUGGAGAAGAGGAAGGUGUUCAUGCUUGCCGUGCUAUAAAUUUAGCGAGGAGGAGGAGGAGGAGGAAGAAGAGGAGGAGGAGGAGGAUGGUAGGGAUUGAUGAAUCUAUAAGGAGUAUACAAAUUACAAUGAUGUUAAGGAUUAGGAGGGCUUGGAUGAAGCUGAUGAUGAUAAACAUGAUGAUGAUGAUGAUGAUGAUGAUGAUGAUGACGAGGAGGAGGAGGAGGAGGAGGAGGAGGAGGAGGAGGAAGGCAUUUUGGCGGAGAUUUUUACACUUGGGGCUAUUGUUUUGGAUCAGAUAUAUUACACUGAUGAGAACAGAUACUACGUUUGAUCUCAGUCAAAAGGCGGGGAAAAGUAUACUCGGGCAUUGUUUUGGAAUUGCAGCACAAGUGUUUGAAUUCGGACUCCGCAGAAGUGUUUGAAUCCGGACUCCGGAGAAGUGGUGGAAUUUGGACGGCAAAUGUGUACAGUCUAGAUGGGCUGAAGGAUUGCUACGUGUCCGAUGUGGACGAGACAGUGGAAAGUUCAUCUGACAAGCGUUGUUCCUCUCGAGCACCACCAGUACCACUCAUGCGGGGAUUUCAUUGGGCCGCUGCAGUUUUUCAUCGGGGCGCUGCAAUUUUUCA